AGCAAAAUUGGGAAAUAUUGGUCCUAAAAAAAGAAAAACCCAUGGAGAAAAGUAGAGCCUUGAAGCUAUAAAAACGCCAUCAAAUUGUGCAAAAAUAUUCACUCGUCUUUGCCUUUUUGAAGAGCGUUAAAAAGAAGAAUCCAAAUCUUACAAAAUGGUGUCUUUUGAGGAAGCUACUGAACUCGCCAAGAAGUUCUCCAAGAAGCCCACCGAUGCCGAGUUCCUGGAGUUCUACGGUUUCUUCAAGCAGGCCACCGUUGGCGAUGUGAACGUUGAAAAGCCCGGAGCCCUGGACCUGAAGGGCAAGGCCAAGUACGAGGCCUGGGCUGCCAACAAGGGACUCUCCAAGGAUGCCGCCAAGGAGGCCUACGUGAAGGUGUACGAGAAAUACGCCCCCAAGUACGCCUAAACCGAUUCCGGACCUCCCGCGCACCUGCAGCUACUUAGUUGAACAAUAAAGAUUACGCCAAAUAUUAGCAAUACACAGAGCAA